AGCCCGUGAGCAUUUGUUGACAGUUCGGCCUGGUCAUGUGCAGGGUAAGGGAAGGAAAUAAAGAUGCUCACAGUUCUGUCAAUGGAAAUCAAGUGAAGUCGCAUCUUACUUUUGAAAGCUUACGCAGAUAAGUUAUAAAAAUGAAACUAAAUGUCAAAUCGCUGCGUUUCUUCGGUGGGUUUGUCUGUGGGGCAGCUGCAAGCACUGCAUCGUGUGUUGCAGCCUUGAGCAUUUACAAGGAGAAGAUCUUUCACGGAAAAGAGGAGGUUUUAGAGCCAUCUGCGGGAGUUGUCGGACGAUAUGGCUUUCCCUUGACGGGUGCCGACAUAAGAUUUUAUGCCAAUCAUACGCUGUCAUAUGACCAGGCCAGGCGAACACCAAGAUGGGUGGCAGAGCACAUAUCAGCUGAGAAAUUGUAUGGGAAUGCUGACCGAAAGCGUUGUAAGUUCAAGCCGGAUCCCAAUAUUCCUGUUCUCUUUACGGCACGCAACGAGGAUUACCUGGGCAGCGGCUGGUCCAGAGGCCACAUGACCCCUGCGGGGGACAAUAAGUACUCUGAGCAAGCAAUGGCGGAGACGUUUUACCUGUCCAACAUAGUACCGCAGAACUUUGAGAAUAACUCCGGCUUCUGGAAUAGACUGGAAAUGUACUGUAGAGACCUGACAAAACGAUUUCAGGAUGUGUGGAUCAUUUCGGGGCCUCUUGUCCUGCCUGCAGUGGGGGCUGAUGGGAAGAAAACCAUAUCCUAUGAGGUAAUCGGGAAAGACGACGUGGCGGUCCCCACUCACCUGUUUAAAGUCAUCCUCGCCCAGAGGAAAGGUUUCCCAUCAGAGACACUGGCUUUAGGAGCCUUUGUGGUACCGAACCGCCCCAUUGGGUUUAAUCACCCCCUGACUGAGUUCCAGGUGAGUCUGACGGACCUGGAGAGGAUGUCCGGGCUGAAUUUCUUCCCAAAAGUGGACCGGACCCGUGUCCCCCUAAAGAACCUCUGUAACCUGGACUCCUGCAGGCUAAUGAGCUCUAAAGAAUUCAGCCUUUACAUAGCCACCCGCAAGAUCGGGAGUGCCGGAAACGUUUUCAAGCUUGACAAGGCGAUGUCGGAGCUGAAAGAAGCUGGCAUCGCCCCAGAUGAGUACCUGCUCAAGCUCUAUGAAGUGAAGAAGAAAGAGUUUGCAUCUAAAGAAGUUCCAGAAUACCAAAGAGGACAUUGAUGUAAACAGGACGUGAUUAAUUAGCUUCAUUUGGAGAUUCAGCAUUUUUAUAUUGAGAUAGUGGGUGUAGCAUUACAUGGUUGCCAACAUGCUGUUUUAGCUUUUCUGUUGUAUUAAUGAUGUGCAUAAGGGGAUACCUUUUUUACAGUCCAAGGUAGGGGAAGUUUGGUUUCAUGGUUUCAUUCUGUUAAUUGCGGCAUUGCAUUCAUUCCUGUUAUCUUGCAGUAGAACGAGAUGGUUGCAUAUUUAUCUACAACAACAACCAGCAGAUUAUGAACAUGUAAACCUAUUGUUAUGGACCUUUCAUUCUGGAGUAUAAAUUAUUUUUGUCCUGUUGAGCUUUACCUGUCCCUGGGAAAGUGGAUGUAGUAAUUCAGUGGGGUAAUGUACUUCUAUUCAACUUUUAUGUUAACAUUGUUGUUUGUUUAACUUCAGCAUUAAUUUUGUGACAUUUGAAAUGUUUUAUGAACAAAGAAACUACUGAUUUGGUGUCAUUCUUAAUGUCUAAGAAUGUUUUUUCGGGUGGAAUGACUGUAAACUUAUUCCUCUAAAAAGGCUUGUCCAAUGAUUAGAGGAACAAUAGAUUUUUGAUUCUGACAUUUUGAGACACUGUCAUAUCGGUCUGCAACUGGUAUGAAUGAUUACUCACCACUGUCAAUGACUGCUCUACUUUUAAAAUACCACCGACCCUCUGGUGCGCCAGUUCCACUAACAGACGUAUGAUUCAUGCAUUCUCCCGUGGUAAUGGUGCACAUUAUGGUUCCAUAAUUUGUGCUGAAUAUGGACUUGGAUGGAAGUGUGAAACACAAAUCCAUUCUUAUUUUAGGGCUGCCUUUCUGCGGUAAGGUGUCGGAGCAUAGAAAAAAGAUAUUAAUGUGAAUAAAACUGUUUGUUUUGACAUUUGGAUAUUUUAUAAAUAAAUAUACACUCUUAGGUUUUA